AGAACACUUCCUGUCUUUUGGCUAUCUACUUAUGAUUUCUGACACCAUUGUCACUGUCCAGGGCUAUGCAUACAUACUCACACACCCAGGAAUACCGACAGUUUUUUAUGACCAUUUUUAUGAUUGGGAUAAUGCCAUUCACGACGAAAUUGUGAAGCUGAUGGACAUUAGGAAGCAUCAAGACAUCCACAGCCGAUCAUCUAUUAGGAUUAUUGAAGCCCAGCCAAAUCUUUACUCUGCAAUUAUUGGGGAGAAAUUGAGCAUGAAGAUCGGAGAUGGUUCAUGGUGUCCAUCUGGCAGGGAGUGGUCGCUAGUGACUUCUGGCCACGGAUAUGCAGUAUGGCACAAGUAAUGCAAUUUUUGCUUUUAUUUUCUUUUUUCAAUUUAUGUAUUUAUUUUGGUUAGUUUCCUACAUGUAUAGAAUAAAAUUUAGUUUCAAUAAAGAUCUUGAUCUUUAAUUUUGCUUGGGAGGUUAGUUUGUGAGCUUGUAUUAUUUAUAUUAAUAAAAAAUUUAACAUACAUGAAACACAUUAUACGGUUAAUAAGAGUUUGUAUUAUUUUGUGAGCU